AUGCUAAUUACUAAAGAUAUCGAGAUCGAACUGGUCACCAACGGCGAAGGAGGUAGAUAUGAUUUUGGCAGCAGAGGUGGAGGUGGCGGAAGCGAUGGAGGUGAUAAUAGUGACAAUAAAGGCAGGGGAGAGGAGGGGCCGAAAAAGAAGAGAGAAGAAAGGGAUGUCAGAGUUGGUAGUGGGAAGGGGCGCAGGACAUGGAUGUGGGGAGGGGAGAAUCGAGGGAGGGCUAGUGGUGGAGGAUUGUGGGCUCCACUUGCCACUGUCACUCACUCAAUUGGUGAAUAA